UUUUUCUUUGCUCCUUUUCAUAAUUUUCCUUCAAAAUUAUUUGGUUGAUUAUAAUUACAUGGGAAGAACUCGUAUGCCUCUGCAAGCAAAUCCACUCUUUCUUAGGAAAAUGAAGCAAUUGAAAUGGCAAUUUCGGGGUCUUGUAAUUGAUUCCACAAGCCAACAAGCCCUAAAUAAAAAAGAUGAUGAGACAGAAACCGAGUCAUUGCCCUAUAACUCAUCGACUUGGGUGCCUCAUCCUCGCACUGGAAUUUACUUUCCUCAAGGCCAUGAGUGGGUCAUGAAAGACAUCCCUGAAAAUGCAGCUUCCUUCCCUCGACUUUGUUGGUUUCGGGAUUCUGAUGAUGUUGAUGACUUGAACCCUGAUAAGGAUACCUCUUCGACGUCUUGAUUUGCCUCUAUUUUUAGGGGUCGAGAUUGAGCCUUCUUAGGAAAGAAGGUUGUCAAUGGGCCAAUGAAGAAUGUGUUAAUGGCUUGACAGUGUAUUGCUUGUGAGCUUUUGUUGACAAGAGAGACCCAAAGUGACAUUAAAAUAAUGUAAAUUAGUUUAUACAUAUAGGUAAAAUAUCAAAUAAUGAAACGAAUAAAUAAUAAUUCGAAAGUUUAAACAUCUAUAAACCCUAAACACUAUGGACAUUUACUAAUUUUGUAAUUAAAAUUGGUGUAAAGAUAAUCAAGUUUUAUUAA